CCCCCUUCGGGGUGAUUGUACUUGUUAUUCCAAAUAUAUACCUGUGUCGAGGGGGGGGGAAGGGUUGGAGAAAUUGUACCGUCACGACAACGCGCCCCGUGCCGCGCCUGCCCUCUCAACCCUGUGUGCAUGGACAUGACGUAUCAGUAUUCAUCAGACAGUCUCAACGUGAGCACGUACACUUGUGAGCUCCCGUUAUACGGUUGAAAACCAGAUUUUUAAUUUGGCGUGAAAACGAGAAAUCAUCUUAGUUGAAACACGGUGGAUUAGAUUCUAGAUCAUGGAUGGAGAAGAUACUACGAGGGAAGAACGGAUACACUGAUAGAACCCUCCCGGAGUUAGGAUGGGGUUGGGUUGGUUGCUUCUCACCCUCUCCCUCUCCACCUCCCUGGCUUACCAGACACCGGAGGACUGUUCCUGGACACCGUUCCCAGGAUCAGAGAAGGGGGUGUUCCUCACAUGUAGAUUAAGUUCAAUCAAUUCCAGGAUGGAACGAACCAACUUCAGUGUAAUUCCUAGUACGGAUACUCUAGGUCUCAGGGUAGUUUGCGCUCAUCCUACCCUUGGCAAACUUGAACCUCAAGGAUUCUCUAGUCUACACUUCCUACAGGAGCUUGUUAUUGAUGGUUGCUCCUUUCAUUCCAUCCCGGAGAAUGCAUUCACUGGAUUAUCCAACCUGACCAAACUUACUGUGAGAACCAACAAGCUCGGUCUUACAAACAUUGAGUCCGGAGCCUUUAACAAUCUGACCCAACUGACACAUCUUGAUAUUAGCAUGAAUUCUAUUCGCAGCCUGCCAACAGAUGAAAUUUGCAAGCUGAGCAGUGUGAUAUAUUUGAAUGUAUCCAAUAAUGAAAUUGGCUCCGCUUCUGAUCUGAUCAGUUCUUCCUCAUGUCUUCCGUCUCUGCGGACGCUUGACCUCUCAAAAAACGAGAUAAUAAGUCUGGAACCUGGAUCCAGCUCCUCUAUCCACUUUCUUAGUCUCAGCGGAAAUUAUAUCAGAUUUGUUUCUCCGGAUGUGUUUGCCAACAUGUCUGUGCAUGUCCUUGAUUUAUCCAAUAAUCAGAUCAACCAUCUUCCUCCCCUCAUCUUCCAUGGUCUGCCCUUGCAGGAGGUUAACCUGGCCAACAACUCCCUCUCCUCCCUGUCCCCAGACACAUUCCAGGACCAGAAGCAGUUGGAGAUCUUGAACCUGGCAGGAAACCUCCUGGUUUCAUCUCUCCUCGUUCCUUCUUUAACCCAGGAUAUGUUCAGUCUCAUGGAGCUAAACCUGGAAGCAAAUCAGAUUGAUGUUCUUCAUCCUAAAGUUCUCUCCAACCUUCCUAACCUUCAGGUUCUUAAACUUGGUUCCAACCUGCUCCAGUCCUUGAAGCUACCUAGAGAAAUGUUCCAACUCAGAGAAUUGAACGUCUCCAGUAAUCUUCUGGUGGAGGUGAAUGCUGAUGAUAUUGGUGGACUAGACUCUCUCACACUUCUCAGCCUUGCUAACAACAGGAUAAACUCCAUCCAUCCGGCUGUAUUUAGAAACACGUCCAAUAUCCUAGUCCUGGAUAUCAGUGGAAAUCGUCUCACAGAGGUCCCGGAGAGCUUCAAAUAUCUGACCAACCUUCAAACCCUGGAUAUUGGAGGAAACCUUAUCUCAGAUUUUGACAAUUCUCCGUUCCAACUGAUGGAAUCUUUGUGGAGACUGCAAAUUCACAAUAACCUCCUGCAAAACGUAUCCCAUGAAUCCUUCUCCAGGAUGAAAAGUUUACAGGUCGUGGAUAUGUCCCGGAAUCAGAUCUCCAGGAUCGACCGCGGGGCAUUUGACCAAAACAAGGUUCUCCGAGCGAUUAGGUUAGAUGGAAAUCAGCUCCAAGAAAUAGAAGGUAUCUUCACCCACCUGCCAGAGCUGAUUUGGUUGAAUGUUUCUGACAAUAAGAUAGCAAACUUUGACUACGCCCUGGUACCACGAACCCUGCACUGGUUGGAUAUCUCCCACAAUCAGAUCAAGGAACUAGGAAACUAUUUUGAUCUGGACGGAGACCUUGCUCUGACCUAUCUAGAUGCAGGAUUCAACCAGCUCUCAUCCUUGUCCCCCCAGCAACUUCCAGACCUACUGGAGACCAUUCUUCUGAAUGAUAAUGAAAUAAGACAGGUUCAACCCUACACAUUCUUUAAAAAGUCUAAACUCGUUAAGGUUGACUUGUCAGUGAAUGAGAUUUCAAGUUUGACUCAGGUUUCUCUCCGGCUCUCCGCAGAGAUACUUGAUCUUCCAUCCUUUCUGCUGGGUGGAAACCCUAUUAUUUGUGACUGUGAGAUGCAGUGGUUCAAAACUGUGAAUGAUAACAACAGUAUCCAGAGGUAUCCAGUAAUCUCCGACCUUGAGAGUAUUUACUGUAGGUUGGUUUAUACUGGAGAACAGUCCUUUAUCCCUCUGGUUGAAGCCAGGAAUGAUCAGUUUCUUUGUUCCUAUGAAACCCACUGUUUCUCCUUGUGUCAAUGUUGUCAGUUUGACUCCUGUGACUGUGAGAUGACUUGUCCUGAUGGAUGUUCAUGUUUCCAUGAUAACUCCUGGACUAAGAAUAUUAUUCAAUGUUCAAGUGGAGAGUUCUCGGCUCUACCUGAUAAUAUACCUAUGGAUGCUACAGAGAUAUUCCUGGAUGGAAACAAGUUGGAUAUUCUCCGGAGUCAUACUUUUAUUGGAAGAAAGAAUCUCAAAUCUCUUCAUCUCAAUAAUUCAAACAUUGAGAAGAUUGAAAACCAAACCUUCAACGGACUGAAAACCCUGAAUUCUCUCCACCUGGAGAACAACAAACUCCGAGCUCUGGAAGGAUUUGAGUUCUCCGGUCUCUCAUUUCUCCGUGAACUUUAUCUUCAAGGAAACCAGAUUAGUUUCAUCCACAACUCAACCUUCAAAUCCUUGAAGAGUUUAGAGGUUCUCUUCCUUCAGGGAAACUCUAUCAUCGAUUUCCCAGUUUGGCAGCUGGCGUUCAACCCCUACCUGGUCAGUGUCCGCCUGGCGGAGAACUUGUUCUCUUGCGACUGUAAGUACAUGAACAAGUUCAGAACCUGGAUCAAGGUUUUCUCCAGUAAGGUUUAUGAUGCAGAGGAACUAACCUGUAUAUCCAAUGAUGCCCUGACUUCAAAUAUCCGUAUGACGGAUUACGACAUGUCCCCCUGUGACCCAGGGACAGGGAUGGCUGUUGCCAAAACCCAGGUGCAAGAGAAAGAGGUUGAAGACUAUAUGCCGAUGAUGGUUGCAAUGUUGGCUAGUUUUGGUCUUCUUAUCCUUCUUGCUCUCGUCAUAUUUAUCUUUAGGAACUCAAUCCGUGUCUGGGUUCAUUCAAAGUACGGAGUUCGAAUGUUCGAAUCUCUGGAGUCGAAGGUUGAAAGCGGAAAGCUGUUUGAUGCUUACAUAACCUAUAGCACGGCGGAUGAUGCAUUUGUCCGGCAAAUGUUUAGUCCAGAACUUGAGACUGAGAACGGAUACAGGGUCUGUCUCCAUCAUAGAGAUCUACCAGGGAACACAGGUACAGGAGAUACUGUACUCAGAGCAUCUCAAGCAGCUCAGCGAACCCUCGUUCUGCUCUCAAACAAUUUCCUAAAAACAGAGUGGACAAAAUUUGAUUUUAAGUCAGGACUCCUCCAAGCAGUCAAUGGAGGGAGUAAAAAACUAGUUUUUGUGAUACUUGGUGAUCUUGAAGGAUCACUGCUGGAGCCUAAUAUGAGACUCCUAUUAAAAAACAAUAUAGUACUCCACUGGGGUGAACAACUGUUUUGGGAGAAAAUGAAGUACUCCCUGCCGGACCAGGAGAAGGCAGGACCUCAGGCACCAAACUACUCCACAUAUAGAUCAUCAUCAACGGGUAGUACUCCCUCUACUAGAACUAUAGCACUUCAUAUCUAGAUAUCUAUCUAUUUAUCUAUAAAUUUAUCCCUGGAAGGUUUUCAACAUGAUUCCAUGGUUUGCAAUGCAAAGGUUCCCAACCUUUGGCUUAUCUGUGAUAUUUCAACUUAUGUUAUUUGUCAAACAGUAUCUGUAUCAGUUUCUAUUGUUAGUUCAAAAUAAAACAAAUUGAGAAGAUUU